AUGUCUGCCCCCACGAAGCAGUAUGGCACCACGCCGCCCAUCAACACAAACCCGCCCACCAGGUUGGACACUGAGCGCAAUGGCGAGUUGAUUGAAGAGUUGAAGAAUCAGAACUGCUUCGAGGCGAAGGUGGAGAGCGAUAAGCGUGUGCAGGUGUUGGAAAUCCUCCAGAAUUUGGCAGAGAACUUUGUGAAGGAUACAUGUCGUGCUAAAGGACUACCGGAGCACAUGAUUCACAACUCCGGAGGAAAGGUUUUCACUUUCGGCUCGUAUCGAUUGGGAGCGUACGGUCCAGGCUCCGAUAUCGACACACUCCUCGUAGCACCAACCCACAUCUCGCGUGCAGACUUCUUUCAACUUGUUCCGGGAAUGUUACUGAAAUUGACUCCUCCGGCCGAAGAGGUUUCUCCUGUUCCUGACGCAUUCGUCCCGAUCAUCAAGUUUGAACUGCAGAACAUCUCCAUCGAUCUGAUCUUCGCCCGGGUUCCUAGUGUGAACUCGGUGCCGAGAGAUAUGUCCUUAGAGAACAAAGAGCUACUUAAGGGAUGUGAUGAGCCCAAUCUGAGAGGAUUGAAUGGUGUCCGACUCACCGACGAGCUGCUCGGCUUGGUCCCUCACCCAGGAAACUUCCGCAUGGCGUUGCGGGCAAUCAAGCUGUGGGCCAAGACCCGCGCGAUCUAUGCCAAUGUGAUGGGAUUUCCCGGCGGAAUUGCGUGGGCUAUGUUAGUCGCCAAGAUCUGCCAGCUGUACCCUAUGGCUGUCAGCGCUGUGAUUGUGUCAAAGUUCUUCAUCAUUUACACUAAGUGGAAAUGGCCGCAGCCAGUUCUCUUGAAGGACAUCUUGGAGGAGGGUGGCCAGGGUGCUGGGCUUCGAAUCUGGAAUCCUAAGAUCUAUCCUGCGGAUCGUAACCAUUUGAUGCCCGUCAUUACGCCCAACUAUCCGUGCAUGUGUUCCACCCACAACAUCACGAAGUCAACCAAGAGUGUUAUUCUUCGCGAAAUGGAGAGGGCCAAUGGUAUAGUGAAUGACAUCAUGCUUGGAAACGCUCCUUGGAGCAAGCUGUUCGAACGACAUACAUUCUUCACUCAGGAUUAUAAGGUUUACUUGCGGGUGCUUGCCGCGGCACGCACCAAAGAGGAGCAGCUGAAAUGGUCUGGAUUGGUUGAAUCCAAACUUCGUCAUCUCGUCGCGAAAUUGGAGCAGUUGGAGAAUAUCCAGCUUGCCCACCCCUUCAAUAAGGGAUUUGAAUACGAGGCCGUUUGCGAUACGGAAGACGAGGCACUUCGCGUAGCUCACGACGGACAUCACAUCGUCCCUGGCACUACUAACGGAGUGACGGCUGAUGGUACGUCUAGCGACGAAACUGGCGAAAAGCCUGAAAAGAUCGGAGUUUUCACCACCAGCUUCUACGUUGGGCUGGUCCUUGACACCAGUCAGGCGAAAAAGUUCGACAUUUCAUGGGCUUGUCAGGAGUUCUAUGAUAUGUGCAAGACCUGGAAUCUGUACAACGAGGAUCUUCAUAGCAUCAAUGUCCUCUAUUGUCGAGCAUGUGAUCUGCCAGACAACGUCUUCAAGCCUGGUGAAGUAAAGCGCCAGAAGAAGACCAAGCUCGUCAAGAGGAAGAUGGCCAAUGGAAGUACCAAGAAGCGUUCUGCAGAUGAGGCACUUGUGGACGACGUCAAGAGGAGCCGAACGGCGCCAACUGCGGCGGUGCAAAACGGAUCCGUGGGAGUUUGA